ACCACAUCGCCCCAUCAACAACCUCCCCAUUCACUCAACAUCCACCCGCCUGCCUCGCAGGAACUAUUGCUCUCCACCUGCAGAACACCCUCUUCUACACUUAGAAUUAAAUCACCCAACACCAUGUCGGCUGAGCCAGACCACUCGAAGCCCAAGCCGGACCUCUCCAAGGAUCCGUCAGGAGCUGAGGCCAAAGACAAUGACGAGACGGCAACGGCCAUCCUCAAGAAGAAGAAGAAGCCAAACUCCCUCAUCGUCACCGAUGCGGUCAACGAUGAUAACUCCAUCAUCGCCCUCUCAAACAACACAAUGGAAACCCUCCAGCUGUUCCGAGGUGAUACAGUCUUGGUGAAGGGUAAGAAGCGCAAGGACACAGUACUCAUCGUGCUUGCCGACGAUGAUCUCGACGACGGCUCUGCGCGGAUAAAUCGUGUUGUCCGUCACAACUUGCGUGUGAAGCACGGAGAUGUCAUCACCAUCCACCCGUGCCCGGAUAUCAAAUAUGCCAAGCGCAUUGCCGUCCUCCCCAUCGCAGACACAGUCGAAGGCAUCACUGGAUCAUUAUUCGAUGUCUUCCUCGCCCCAUACUUCCGCGAAGCAUACCGGCCUGUACGUCAAGGCGACCUGUUCACAGCUCGUGGAGGGAUGCGGCAGGUGGAGUUCAAAGUUGUGGAAGUCGAUCCACCAGAGUUCGGCAUCGUUGCGCAGGAGACCGUCAUUCACUGCGAAGGAGAGCCGAUACAACGCGAGGAUGAGGAGGGUAACCUCAAUGAGGUCGGCUAUGACGACAUCGGUGGCUGCCGCAAGCAGAUGGCACAGAUCCGCGAGCUGGUUGAACUCCCGUUGAGGCAUCCUCAGCUCUUCAAGUCAAUCGGUAUCAAGCCUCCCCGCGGUAUUCUCAUGUACGGCCCCCCCGGUACCGGCAAGACCCUCAUGGCUCGUGCUGUCGCCAACGAAACCGGUGCAUUCUUCUUCCUGAUCAACGGACCUGAGAUCAUGUCGAAGAUGGCUGGCGAAUCCGAGUCCAACCUGCGAAAGGCAUUCGAAGAGGCUGAGAAGAACUCACCGGCUAUUAUCUUCAUCGACGAGAUCGACUCCAUCGCCCCCAAGCGUGACAAGACUAACGGCGAAGUCGAACGUCGUGUCGUUUCUCAACUGCUUACCCUCAUGGAUGGCAUGAAGGCUCGAUCUAACGUGGUUGUCAUGGCUGCCACGAACCGACCAAACUCGAUCGAUCCUGCUCUCCGUCGAUUCGGCCGUUUCGAUCGUGAAGUCGAUAUCGGCAUCCCAGACCCAACUGGCCGCCUCGAGAUCAUGCAGAUCCACACCAAGAACAUGAAGCUUGGUGAUGAUGUUGACCUGGCAACUAUUGCAGCGGAAACCCACGGAUACGUCGGUUCCGAUUUGGCAUCUCUUUGCUCCGAAGCUGCCAUGCAGCAGAUUCGUGAGAAGAUGGAUCUCAUUGAUCUGGACGAGGACACCAUUGAUGCGGAGGUUCUCGAUUCUUUGGGGGUUACUAUGGAGAACUUCCGCUUUGCCCUAGGUGUCUCCAACCCAUCUGCUCUCCGCGAAGUUGCUGUGGUGGAAGUUCCCAACGUUCGCUGGGAGGACAUUGGUGGUCUGGAAGAAGUCAAGCGCGAGCUCAUCGAGAGUGUCCAAUAUCCCGUCGACCAUCCCGACAAGUUCCUCAAGUUUGGCAUGUCACCUUCCCGUGGUGUGCUCUUCUACGGUCCCCCCGGUACGGGUAAGACUUUGCUCGCCAAGGCGGUCGCCAACGAAUGUGCUGCCAACUUCAUCUCCGUCAAGGGCCCCGAACUGCUGUCUAUGUGGUUUGGUGAAUCCGAGAGCAACAUUCGAGACAUCUUCGACAAGGCUCGUGCCGCUGCUCCUUGCGUUGUCUUUUUGGAUGAGCUUGAUUCCAUCGCUAAAUCACGUGGUGGUUCUCAAGGUGAUGCUGGCGGUGCUUCGGACCGUGUCGUCAACCAGCUUCUGACUGAAAUGGAUGGCAUGACAUCGAAGAAGAACGUCUUCGUCAUUGGUGCUACCAAUCGUCCUGAGCAGCUCGACAAUGCUCUGUGCCGCCCAGGACGUCUCGACACCCUCGUCUACGUGCCUCUGCCCGACUUGGCCUCUCGCACCAGCAUCAUCCGAGCUCAGCUUCGCAAGACGCCUGUCGCUCCCGAUGUCGAUGUCGAGUUCAUCGCACAAAACACUCACGGAUUCUCCGGUGCCGAUUUGGGCUUCGUCACCCAGCGUGCCGUUAAGCUUGCCAUCAAGGAGUCUAUCGCCAUUGCCAUUGAGCGCCAAAAGGCUCGCGAAGCGGCUGGCGAAGAUGUUGACAUGGAAGAGGCUGGCGAGGAGGACCCGGUCCCUGAGCUCACCAAGGCUCAUUUCGAAGAAGCCAUGCGCUCUGCUCGUCGCUCUGUCACGGACGUUGAGAUUCGCCGCUACGAGGCGUUCGCUCAGUCAAUGAAGAACUCUGGUGGAUCCAGCUUUUUCCGCUUCCCCGAUGCGGAGAACGCGGCCAAUGAGCAACAGAACACGUUCGGCACUUCGGGCGAGGACGGAGACCUGUAUGAGUAA